ACGGCGUUAUCUCGCCCCAUCCCCCCACGCUGCUGCGCUCGGUCGUUGGAGGCGAGGAGUCGCGCUCGUUGAAUGGCCGGUGAAACGUCAUGUCAGUUGUGAGGCCCCGUGUGCGCGCUCUUCGGGCGCUAUGAGGCUGUGAGCGCGACGUGCUAUCGCGACAGGGGGGGUUCGUUUUAACCUUUCGUUUGGCCCAAGAUGUACGCGGCGGUUUCCUCCCUGAGAGUGGCGUCAAAAGGCGUCCUAGUGUGACAGGCAGAGGGACGGACGACGUGCGCUCGCUGUGUAGGGAGGAGGCCACUGUAACUUGUGCUGUUAGGCUAAUCACUGAUCAUGGGGGCAUUUUUGGACAAACCUAAAACUGAGAAACACAACGCUCAUGGAGCUGGAAAUGGUUUGCAGUACGGACUCAGCAGCAUGCAGGGCUGGCGAGUCGAAAUGGAAGAUGCUCACACGGCUGUGGUGGGCAUCCCUCAUGGCCUGGAAGACUGGUCCUUUUUUGCUGUUUAUGACGGCCAUGCUGGAUCUCGUGUUGCAAAUUACUGCUCGUCGCACUUGCUAGAGCAUAUAACAGAUAACGACGACUUCAGGGCAACUGAAAUGUCAGGAUCCAACGUGGAGCCCUCUGUAGAAAAUGUUAAAAGUGGCAUUCGAACUGGAUUUUUAAAAAUUGACGAGUAUAUGCGCAACUUUGCUGAUUUAAGGAAUGGCAUGGACAGAAGCGGCUCUACUGCGGUGGCCAUCCUUAUUUCACCGUGCCAUGUGUAUUUCAUCAACUGUGGGGAUUCUAGGUCUGUGUUGUACAGGAGCGGACAAGUUUGCUUUUCCACACAGGAUCACAAACCUUGCAAUCCAAGGGAGAAAGAAAGGAUUCAAAAUGCCGGAGGCAGCGUCAUGAUCCAGCGCGUCAACGGAUCAUUAGCGGUUUCUCGCGCCCUCGGGGACUAUGACUACAAAUGUGUUGAUGGCAAAGGCCCUACUGAGCAGCUUGUGUCUCCCGAGCCUGAGGUGUAUGAGAUUGUACGAGCAGAAGACGACGAAUUUAUAAUAUUAGCUUGCGACGGCAUUUGGGAUGUCAUGAGUAAUGAAGAGCUUUGUGAAUUUGUCAAGUAUAGGCUCCAGCUAACAGAUGACCUUGAGAAAGUGUGCAAUUCUGUAGUGGACACCUGUUUACAUAAGGGAAGUCGUGAUAACAUGAGCAUUGUACUUGUUUGCUUUCCGAACUCCCCUAAAGUUUCUGAAGAAGCUAUCAAGAAAGACGCUGAGCUGGAUAAAUAUUUAGAAUCGAGAAUUGAAGAAAUCAUGACAACUGCUGGGGAGGAAGGAAUGCCAGAUCUCCCUCAUGUAAUGCGCAUUUUAUCAGCAGAGAACGUCCCACAUUUACCACCUGGAGGUGGAUUAGCUGGAAAACACAGUGUUAUUGAAGAUGUCUAUAAUAGGUUGAAUCCACAUAGAGAGAAUGAUGGGGGUGCUGGCGAUCUAGAAGACCCAUGGUAGCCUUUCAGAACUCAUAUGUUUUUGGUCUGGAAUAAAGGGGGAAAAACUUAAAAUCACUGUUCUCUUUAAUCCAACGAAGAGAUUCUGGUGGAGCGUCAGCUAUGUAAUAAUAAUAAAAAAAUAAAAUAAAAUAAACUAAUGGGCAAAAUGAGAAAUGAUUAGUAUUUUGCACCAUUUAUCGGUUUGUUUUAUAACAUUGUCACACUUUAGCAGUAUUUUUCUUUUUUUCUUUCGCCAGCCUCAGGAUUUCUGGUCACGUCUCAGCCACAUUACUCUUUAACACUUACAACUGGAGGGCCCUGCAGUGUGUUUUCUGGCCGGGCACCUUUGGUGCUAAAAGAGCAUAGGAAGAAAUAUGAUGCCUUGUGCAGUUUAUUAGAUGUUUCGAGGUGCAUGCUGUUUUACUUUAAAAAGGUGCGGCACUUCCAAACUAAACACCACACGCAUGUAAAACACUUCAUUGUAUGAGACAUUACUUGUAUGUUUUGUUUUUUUUGUUUGUUUUUUUCCUUUUAAAGGGGGGUGUAAGACCGCCAACAUAGUUUCCCCCCCAAAAAAAUUACCAUUUACAACAGGUUUUCCCAGACACAUUCUGUUGACUUACUUUAGGCUGCGGGAGCACAAGUCCUCACUUUUUGUACUGUCACAGCCGCAAGCUCUCAAACCCAUCCAAGGAUAGCCUCUCCACACUUCCAGGGUAUUCUUUCCCCUCUCUAUUAUUGGUGCAGGCUUUUUUUUUUUUUUUUUUUAAGCUAAAAACCCUAGCCUCUUUUUUUUUUUUUUAUAUAUAAUGUAAAUUGUGAUUUUGUUUUUUUUGUUUAAGUGUUUAUUUUUUAUUUCUGAUUUCAGCGUAAAAUGGUAGCACUGUGUAUUGUGGGUAUAACUUUUUUUUUUUUCUUUUUUUCGGAGCUCAACUUACCAAUUUGAAAGGACUAUAUAUAAAUAUAUACUAUAAAAUAAUCUAUUUUAAAUCUUAGCAAAUAAUACAGAGAUAUUUUCAUGGAUUCCGUGACACUUUUUUUUUUUUUUUUUUUCAUUUUCUAAGCAAUGGGCAUGGUACAAGAGUGGAUGUUGUGAGGUACUUGAAGAUUGUCUAAUUCUAUUUUUGCAAUAACCUUGAUUUAUCUGUUAUUUUUAUUUUUUAUUCCUUUAAGUUGUGCAUGUCAGAAAUUCUGUUUAAUGCUGAACGUGGAGUAAGAAAGUAUUUAUCUAAAAAAAUUAAAAAUUAAUAAAAGCUAUUGGAGAAGAAACAAGGAAUGUAUAAAUUGAUUUACAUGCUGUAGAUGCCUUGUGAUUUUUAUUUUAUUUUUCUUCAAGAAUGUUUGGACAUUUUUGUGUCGUUUUGAGCUGAGUUUUCUUUUUUCUUGUGAAAUGAAGUUCGUUAUUUUCCUGUAACUGUUAUCUUGCUGAAAUUUGGAAAUAUAUUCACAUACUGGUACACAUAGAUCUGCUAUGCCAAUUACUACUUUAAUUUCCUGUCUAUUCCUGUGUUUUAUUGUCUUAGGAUUACUGCUACCAUAUUUUAUUUAUUCACUCGAUUUUAGGUCUGUAAGUUAAGUGUUCUCCAUGAUAAUGCAGAGUUCCACUACUUGUCCAUUGGCUGGGCUUUUUGGUGUUUUUUUUCUGUUUGGUUUUCCUGUUCUUUCACUUCCCACCAGUUUUCUUUGGGGGGAAAAGAUUGCAGAAAUCCUUGAUUAAAGUGUUCACGCUGGUCCAAUACUAUAACUUCCCAGUACCAUGUUGUGAUGUUUCAUACAAUACAGUGAACAUAACCAACUUGUUACCUUCAAUAAAAGAUUGGUAAAAUGGCA